AUGUUUUGGAAUAAUGUCAAAUAUUUUUUGAGACCAUGCUCAUCGAGAAAUUUCUUUAGAAGCUAUUCAUUAAGCUUAGGAAGCUUUGAAAAUGGUAAUGCGUUCAAAAUCUCAAUUCAAUCACCUAUUCGACAAUUGGGCACACUGAACCAAAUUUCUAAUCAUGAACGAAGUGUUUCGAAACUAUUGGAAUUGAGAAAGUUAAUGGCGAGAAAUGAUCUUUUUUGUUAUAUUAUACCAAGUGAAGAUGAACAUCAAUCAGAGUAUGUGGUGAAAUCUGAUGAAAGAAGAGCUUUCAUAUCAGAAUUCACUGGAUCUGCAGGUAUUGCCUGUGUGACAAAUGAUUUGGUCAAUUUUUCAGAUGAGAAUCCAAAUGGAAAAGCUAUUUUAAGUACUGACGGUAGAUAUUUUACGCAAGCAGAGUCUCAAUUGGACUUCAAAACUUGGAAAUUACUGAGACAGGGGGAAGACGAAUUGAAUUGGAAAGAUUGGUGUAUAAAUGAGGCUAAGCUGAUGUCUUUGGCAUUGGGCGGUACUAAGGUAAAAAUAGGUAUUGAUCCAAAACUGAUCACGUACAAGGAAAUCAAGGAUUUUGAAAAAUUGAUCUCUAAAAAUGAACUGAAGACACAGAUUGAGUUAGUUGAGGUUAAACAAAAUUUAAUAGAUACUAUUUGGAAUAAAUUCGAAACUGCUCCGAACCGAAAAUUAAAUCCCAUUUAUUCUUUACCAGAGGAAUUUUCAGGAAAAUCGUAUCAAAAAAAGAGAGAUGCUCUAAUCAAAAAACUUAAAGAGUCGACUAAUGGCCAGUUUAAAUUUCUUACACCAGCAUUGGAUGAAAUUGCUUGGUUAUUAAAUUUAAGAGGCUCAGAUAUUGACUAUAAUCCGUUUUUUUUUUCGUAUCUUUUAUUAGAUGACACCCAUUCUAUAUUAUUUACUGACAAUCCAAUUCCCGAUGAUGUCAAUACUUUACUGGAAAAAAACGAAGUAUCAGUUAAACCAUAUAACGAAAUAUGGAAGUACAUUGUCAAUGAAGCCAAAAAGAUGAUAGCAACAAAUCAAAAUGAUAAAGUAACAUUUUUACUCCCUGAAACAGUCUCGUGGAGGAUUGUAAACGAAAUCAAAGACAUCGUGAAUUGCAAAUUUAUCGAAUCUCCAAUUCAAGGUUUAAAAUCAAUCAAAAAUGAAAGAGAGAUAGAGAAUGCAAUGAUAGCACAAAAAAUUGAAGCUGUAUGCUUAGCUAAGUAUUUUUCGUGGCUAGAGAAAGUACUCAAAAAUAACAAUCCAAGAAAGAUUACA